GUAAGUGCUUCCUACUAAACUAGCAAAAAGUAAUAGAACAUAAGAUUUAGUGUAGAAUAAUUGCAUGGUACAUCAGGAUGCAUGAUAAAGAACUAAACAUAUAACCUCAAAAGCAAUUUUGGGCCUGUGCAUUAUAUGAUCCAAAAUGAGUAGAUUUUUUGCAACUGGCGGUUCAGACUCUGAGAGUGAUAGCUCCAGCGAGGAAGAGCAAUUACCACGUCAACCAACCGCAGCUUUCACUUACAGCGAUGAUGAAGAAGAAACUAAACGUGUUGUACGCUCAACAAAGGAGAAGAGAUACGAAGAACUUUCCAAUACCAUAAAAAAUAUUAGGAACUAUAAAAAAAUUAAAGAUAUGGCCAGCAUGUUGACCAGUUUUGAAGAGUUGGUUAAAAAUUAUGCCAAAGCAUUGCCAGUAAUCAACAAAGAAGAGAAUGGUCACACACCUAGAUUUUUUGUAAGAUGUUUGGUGGAAAUGGAGGAUUUUAUAAAUGAAGUAUGGGAGGACAGAGAGGGCCGUAAAAAUAUGUCUAAAAAUAACAGCAAGUCUUUAACAUCAUUGAGGCAAAAAUUACGCAAAUUUAAUAAGGAUUUUGAGGAAGAUUUGACAAAAUUCAGAGAAUCACCAGAUCAAGGCGACGACGAAGAGGAAGUUAAACCUCCUGAAGAUGAAGAAUCUUCUGAUGAAGAGACUCCAGUGACUAAAUCAGUAUCAUUCAAGAAAGAACCUACUCCUGUUGAAAAGGUAAAAGCUUCAAAAGCAGCCGGUGAUGACGAUGAUAGUGAUGAUUCUAUGGAUUGGGGAAGCGAUAGCGAAAGUGAGAGUGGUAGUAGUGAAGAAGAUACUCAAUAUACCAGCAUUCGAGAGCGUUUCUUAAAAAAAACUACUGACAAGGAAGAAGGUGAUGAAGCAGUGAAGAGAAAAGAAAAGAAAGAAGGCAAGGAGGGUAGAAGACGUAAAAAGGAAGAAGAAGAAGAUGGUGAGGGCGAGUGGGAAACUGUGAAGAAAGGUGUGGCGACGCCUAGUGAAAAGCCUAAAAUGUUUGCCAAAGAUGCAGAAAUUGAUACUUCUCUGGUUAUUAAAAAAUUAUCUGAAAUUAUGGCUGCAAGAGGCAAAAAGAGAACUGAUCGUAGACAACAAAUAGAAUUGUUGCAUGAACUGAAAACGGUUUCAGAGCAGCAUAAGCUUGGACCUGCUGUCGCUAUCAAAAUUAGAUUUUCGAUUGUAUCUGCAAUUUUUGAUUACAAUCCUAAGGUAUCUGAUGCCAUGAAACCAGAACACUGGAGCAAGUUAUUGGAGUGUAUGCAAGAUAUGCUGGUAUUACUUUUAGCCAAUCCUGAAAUAAUUAUUAGCGAAACCAUCACUGAAGAUGGUGAAGAAUAUGAGUCCACACCAAAUAAAUUACGAGGUUGUGUUUUAACUGCUGUUGAACGCCUUGAUGAUGAGUUUGUUAAACUUCUUAAAGAAUGUGACCCUCAUAGCAAUGAUUAUGUAGAAAGAUUGAAGGAUGAAAUUAAAGUGGCUGCAAUAAUUGAUCAAGUUCGUUUAUAUGUGGAGAAACAAAAUUGUCCACCUGAACUCUGUCGAAUUUAUGUGAGAAAGAUUGAUCAUCUUUAUUACAAAUUUGAUGCUAAUGUUCUAAAGCAGAAGCAGGGAGAAAUACCAGCUGAUGUCACGACAAGUGUGCAAGAGAUGGAAAAACUUUGCAAAUACAUUUAUGCAAAAGAUGCAACUGAUAGAUUAAGAACUCGAGCAAUUUUGUCUCAUAUCUAUCAUCAUGCAUUGCAUGAUAAUUGGUUUAAAGCUCGUGAUUUAGUUCUUAUGUCGCAUUUGCAAGAAACAAUUCAUUUUUCUGAUCCCCCAACACAGAUUUUAUAUAAUAGGACAAUGGCAAAUUUAGGUUUGUGCGCUUUCCGCCAUGGAAAUAUAAAGGAUGCUCAUAAUUGUUUGGUAGAUCUUAUGAUGACUGGAAAGCCAAAAGAAUUGUUAGCUCAAGGCUUGCUUCCUCAGCGUCAACAUGAAAGGAGCAAAGAACAGGAGAAAGUUGAAAAGCAACGUCAAAUGCCAUUUCAUAUGCAUAUAAAUUUGGAAUUAUUAGAAUGCGUGUAUUUAGUUUCUGCAAUGCUUAUUGAAAUUCCAUACAUGGCUGCUCAUGAGUUUGAUGCAAGGAGAAGAAUGAUCAGCAAAACAUUUUACCAGCAGUUGAGAUCUUCAGAACGUCAAUCAUUGGUUGGUCCUCCUGAAUCCAUGAGGGAACAUGUUGUGGCUGCAGCUAAAGCAAUGCGCAAUGGCAACUGGAAAGCAUGUAAUACUUACAUUGUAAAUGAAAAAAUGAAUACCAAGGUCUGGGAUCUAUUUUAUGAGGCUGACCGAGUACGUAAUAUGCUGACACGUUUGAUUAGAGAAGAAGCUUUACGCACUUACUUGUUUACAUAUAGUCAUGUAUAUGACUCAAUCAGUAUUCCUGCGAUGGCUACUAUGUUUGAACUUGAUCAAUCUCAGGCUCAUUCCAUCAUUAGUAAAAUGAUAAUUAAUGAAGAACUCAUGGCAUCUCUUGAUGAUCCGACCAAGACUGUUGUAAUGCAUCAUAGUGAACCUUCCAGAUUACAAGCUCUUGCUUUACAGCUUACUGAUAAAGUUAAUAAUCUUGUUGAUGCUAAUGAACGUAUAUUUGAAAUGAAACAAGGAAACUUUUUCAACCGAAGUGGAAAUCAAGGAAAUUUCAGAGGCGACCGUCAAAACUUUCGCAAUCAAGGUAAUAAUCAAGGUGGAGGUAGCAAUUGGCAGAAUAGAAAUCGUGAUGGUGGUGGAAGAAGAAAUCGCGGACGCAACGAUCGUGACGAAAACUUUGAAGAAGUUCGCACAUAUUAACAACAUCUGGUUCAGGACUGACUACAAAAACAUUAUUCUCAGCAUUGUAACUCCACAAGUCACCUAAAGAUCUGGCAACUGCCAAAAAUGGUAUUUCAUCCACAGGAGUAUUACGACGAACUGGACCCUUAUGAC